CGAUUGUUUUUCGAGGUAGGCUAGUGUAAAGAAACACUAUGGACGUGGUUUGAGUGGAAAACUUAAUUAAUUCCAAUCUAACAGGCCGAUUCUGCCGCAAGAAGAUAACGUUGUGAUAUUAACACGAUAUCUUAUCGAUCAUAUCCGGCAGUGGAUUCGAGUUGUGAAUUUUCGUGUGAAUAGAAAGUGUUGAAUGUCUUUAGGGAAAAUGUCGCAAAACGAAAAAGAUUUCAAGGAACGUCUCAUAACAACCGUGAAAAAAGAAGUAAAACAGGUGAUGGAAGAAUCAGUAACCAGAAAAUUUGUACACGAAGAAAGUGGGAGUGUGACUUCAUUGUGUGGAGCUGUAGAAGCUUGUCUUUCUCAGGGUUUACGUAGACGAGCUUUGGGUCUGUUCAAAACGUCUUCCACGACUGCUUUACUUCAUAAGAUAGCUAAACAUAGCCCUGAAGCAGCAAUUAUUUCUAAAAAAGUAGAAGAAUUAGAAAAUUUGGACCCUAACAGAAGAUCCUCUUCGAGUAGCGAUAGUGUAACAAAACCUACUUUGAAGAAAAGUGCUUCUGUACCUGCCAAUCCACUGCCAAAAUAUCUCUGGAUUCGGUUAGCACUUUUCGAAAAACAAUUGGCCAAAAUCAUAGACUUCCUAGUUUCAAACGCCACAAAAUAUUAUGACAAAGAUGCUUUGGUCGCUGAUGCUGAGUAUGGUACCAUAUUAAGUUCCUUACUUAUGGGUCCCUGCGCACUUGAUUAUACGAGAAUGAAAAACCACGACCAUUUUUGGACAGAUCCUCCAGCUGACGAAUUAGUUCAAAGACAUAGAAUAUCAAGCGGCCAUUCGACGCCACCAUCAGUGCGUCGACCAAUUUUAAAUUUUCGAAGAUCUCUUAACACGAGUUCAGAAGAUAGUCAUACGAAUCGGUCGUCUACUCAACAAAUAGCUAAAGAUUACGUCGAGACGUUACAUCAAAAUUCAAAAGCUACUUUAUUAUUUGGAAAAAACAACGUUUUAGUGCUACCUGUGAAUUCCGAUUUAUCUAAACCUAUACCAGGGUAUUUAAGUUUGCAUCAAAUGCCUCAAGGGCUAGCUAUAAAAUGGACUCCAAAUCAAUUAAUGAAUGGAUUUGUAGACGAUUCCCAAGACAAAAGCAUUUUUUGGGAAUAUGCUUUAAACGUCAGAUUAGAUGAUAUUGUGUAUGUACACUGUCACCAAGAUAGCGAGACCGGUGGUACAGUUAUACUAGUAGGACAAGAUGGAGUUCAAAGGCCCCCAAUCCAUUUUCCUAAAGGUGGACAUAUGUUGGCUUUUUUAAGUUGCAUUGAAACUGGUCUUUUACCACAUGGACGAUUAGAUCCACCAUUAUGGUCGCAAAGGUCUGGAAAAAAUCAUACGAAAAGAAGACGACCUUUGCCAGCUUUGACUGAAACCGAAGAAACGUCUAAAGACUACGUUUUCAGGAUCAUAGAUAAUACUUGCAAUCAUAAGGAUAUUUUGAAAAGAAAUGAACUAAUGGACACCCAUGCAUCACUACCCACAAAAGUACGAGUACAACUUGGCAGUACUAGUACUAGUUCAGACAGUUCAACGAAAAGUUUCAGUUUAGAUCAAAAUAUUCCCGAUAGUCCUCCAAGCGUAGUUGUUCAAGCAGUCUGUGAUUCCAUGAAACGACAAAUCAUAUCCAGGGCAUUUUACGGAUGGUUGGCAUAUUGCAGACACCUGUCUACAGUUCGAACUCAUUUAAGUGGGUUAGUAAACACGAAAAUCGUAAACGGAGUAGGCGCCAGCGAUGGUAUAACUCUAGAAAAGUGGUCGGAACUUUGUUUGAAUGGCGUAGUGUCCGAUUACGCCGAAGUUUAUAGAUUAACCUAUUUUGGAGGGAUAACGGAAGCGCUGAGGCACGAAAUUUGGCCUUAUCUACUAGGACACUAUAAAUUUGGUAGUACCUUAGAACAACGCAACGAACUUAGUGAUGAAACCAGACAAGCAUACGAAAAUACAAUGUCAGAGUGGUUAGCCGUAGAAGCUAUAGUGAAGCAGAGAGACAAAGAAAACCAAGCUCAUGCGAUUGCAAAACUUAGUAGUGAAAGUAUGUCAGGGGAACAAGUUCCACCUCAAAUACAUGAAGAGUUGUGUAAUGAGGUAUUUGAAGAUGAUUCAAUAACAGACAACGAAGGAGAUUCAUUAGAAGAAAAAGAAACCAGUGCUAAAAGACCCAAACACACGAAACAAAACACCAUCAAAUAUGUCGAUGAUGAAGAAGAUUCUGGUGGAGAACAACAGGCAGAAGAAAGGGAAAAACAAGCUAAUGAAGAAAAUGAUGGAAAAAAUGUACAAAACGAAGGCGCCUUAAAAAAUACAGAAAACGAUUUAACAACUGAUAAAGAAGACCUGGAAGUUGCCAAAGAAGAUUCUUAUAUAAACGUUAACGAAGAAUUAAAAGACUUCAUUCAUAAUGUCAUUGUGAUAAAUGCAAGUGUUGACAUUUGCAGUUUAAGUAAUGAUAAUCCUAGAAUGACAAAUUUAGAUGCUGUAACAGAAGAAAACAAUUCUUCUUUAGAUACAUGUAUAGAAACACACGGUUUAGCUUCACCUGCGAGAUCCAACUGCGUUUCACCUGCAAGUUCUAAUGGAGGAGUAUAUAGUCAAGAACUUUUGGAAACGUUCGGUCUUAACCUUCAUCGAAUAGAAAAAGACGUACAAAGAUGCGAUAGAAACUACUGGUAUUUUAUGGAAAAAGAAAAUUUGGAUAAAUUGCGUAAUGUUAUGUGCACGUAUGUAUGGGAGCAUUUAGACAUUGGUUACAUGCAAGGGAUGUGCGACCUCGUAGCACCCCUUCUGGUAAUUUUUAAUGACGAAUCAUUGACGUACGCGUGUUUUUGCCAUCUUAUGGAAAGAAUGGUCGAAAAUUUUCCGAAUGGUAAUGCAAUGGACUGCCAUUUUGCAAACAUGCGUUCGUUGAUACAAAUUUUGGAUUCGGAAAUGUAUGAAUUGAUGCACGCGCAUGGCGAUUACACACAUUUUUAUUUUUGCUACAGGUGGUUUUUGUUAGAUUUUAAAAGAGAAUUGAUGUAUCCAGAUGUUAAUGCUACUUGGGAAGUGAUUUGGGCGGCACAACAAGUGGCUUCCAGCCAUUUUGUGCUGUUUUUAGCGCUGGCACUGCUAGAAACUUAUAGAGAUAUUAUCCUAUCUAAUGGAAUGGAUUUUACAGAUAUUAUCAAAUUUUUUAAUGAAAUGGCAGAAAGACACAACGUCCAAUCAGUAUUAAAACUAGCAAGAGAAUUAGUACUCCAAUUACAAAUCCUUAUUGAAAACAAAUGAAACCAAAUUGACAGAAUGCGCACAUAAAUAACAAAAUAAUUUAAAGUUGGGCAAUCUAUUAGUGACAAAACACGAAAUACUAUUAUACAAAUUUAGAUAUAUUAUAUAAUUUAAAUUUAAAAUAACUAAAUAUUACAUAUGUGAUUUACUGUGACUGUAGUAAAUUUUUAUUUUUGUACGAUAUAUGGUUUGAAGAAGAAAAAGGAAUAUAUAGUUAAAUAAUUGAGAAAAUAUAGUAGGAAAUACAUAUUAAUUUAUUUUACAUAAAAGAGUAAAUAUACUGUAUACCUGAAAUUCAUUCAUAUUCAUUUUGUGAUAUUAUUAAGUACUAGCAUAAGAGUGAAUCAACGCACAUGUGUAUUUGAGAUUUUGAUUUAGUAAAAAAUCUAUUUAAUUACACAUUGAUUGGCUAUUUAAAUGGAAACAUUUAUUGCAAUGGUUCUGACGACCAAAAUAUUUUGAUUUUUUUUAAUAAACCCAUCUCUAUAGUGUUAUUUAAUUUAUUUAUCAUAUGGUUAACUCGUUCGUUUUAAAAUCUUUAUUCUCUUGAUUUCUAGUCGGACGGA